ACUUCCGUUUAUGCGCAGAUACCUGCAUGGGAUGCCGUUAGGUAAACAAAAUUGAAAAAGCACAGUAACCGAAUGAACUAUCUGAUGCAAGUUAUCGCUGUUUUUUUUUUUUGUUUUUUUUAACGGAAUUGCAUCUCUAACAGGAAUUUUGUCAAGAAUUCUGUUUGAAGAAGUGCGUGAUGUCAAGUGGAGAAGAGUCAAUCAUUUCUAGCUAUUACUUAGAUGAGAAGGCUUUCCAUCUCUGUUGUGAGCUUUUCCUACAGCACUCAGAUGUCAUCAGAGAUGGAUGGAGUUGGGCAGUGGUCAAGGGUGGUGAAGAAGGUUACAUAAAAAAGACUGCUAUAAUACCUGGAAGAUUUUGUUCUUUGCUUAACCACAACACUGAUGAUGGGAUGAAUGCUCUGACCGGAGCAGAUGAGUUGGAUAAUGAGGCAGCUGGGGCUUAUAAAGAAUGUGAAAGCCAAGUUUUAAUGCACUAUGAAUACCAUGUUUUAUACUCCUUCAGUCAUCAGGUGCCUACACUCUACUUCAGAACGUGUACAUUAGAUGGACAGCCCUUGUCCCUUGAUGAGGUUUGGAACAAUAUUCACCCAAACUACAGACAAAGACUACUACAAGGACCUUGGGAUACACUAACUCAACAGGAACACCCUUUACUAGGCCAGCCCUUCUUUAUGCUCCAUCCUUGUCACACUGAAGAGUUCAUGAGACCACUUUUGAAAAUGGCACAUGCCAAAAAAAGGAAAGUAAACUACAUUGCCACAUGGCUGAGUGUGGUAGGACCUUUGGUGGGAUUGGAUGUGCCUCUUAGCUACCACACAGCAUUGACUGCUCCUGACUGAAUGAUUAACAUCACUCUCAUCUUUUAGAGCUUAAAAACCAGUACGCUUCAUUAAACCUCUCCUUGCCUCUCAUCUACUGCACAUAUGGUGAAGAACAGGAAAACAAGACAUGAUCAAAGUUACUACAAGUUUCCUGUGACUCCUAUGAUUGAUUCAAACCUUGUGUCAAAGAAUUUACUACAAAUACUGACUAAUCUGAACUUGAACUUGCCUUUUUAUCUUUUGUACCUUUUUGUUUUUUUCUUUUCAUUUUUCUGUUUUCUUUAAAGUGACAUGUUAAAAAAAAAAAAAAUUGACCUAUGUUUGGUAUGCAUGUUUGAUUUUGGAUAAUUCUACAGGGGUUGGACAAUGAAACUGUAACACUAGCCAAUAUAGUGUUAGCCAGUAUAGUGUUAGACAGAGUGUGAAUGUGGAGUUCUCCUGAUCAGUAAUAGAUUCAUUAACAAAAAGCUCUUCAGAUGUAAAAGAUCUUAUAUUUAACAGUCCUAGUUUCAGCUGUGCUGAAAGCUGUGCAUUCAGUACAGUCUAAUUUUAUGUUAGUAGGUAAGUAAAACAAUCGUUGAGUAUUUGUAGAUUUUUGUUUAGCUUCGUGAACAGAUACAGUCUCAAUAUUGUGAACCCUGGGUGAUGACUCAUAGCAGCUAUGAGUUUACCCUGCUUGUCUGCUCCCUUGCCUCGGCUCUGGAUUGUCACUGAUUAAUUUGGCCUGUUCUGCACAUGUGCUGAUGAGAAUGAGAAAGAACAGAAACAUGCAAGAAUGAGAAAGAACAGAAAGAGAAUGUUUGAACCAAAUGUAUGUUCUGGGCAAAAUUACAUAGAGAACUGUGACUAACAUCUGGGUCAAAUUGGUUUUAGAUAUAAACCAAACUGACAUAAAAUCACUUCUCAAAGCAACAAACCUUGCAGUCUUGUUCCAGCAAUAGUACAACUUGUGACUACCAAAAUUACAGGAAAAGGAAAAAUUGGCAUAAGUUCUUAAAAUCUUAAACAUUUUGUUUAUCCUAUUCGAUUAAAGCAGUUUGUGCAGUGUUUCUUUACCUCAUCAGUAAAACUGCCAAUAGUAUAUACCUUCAAAAGCUCAGGAAGGACUUCCCAAGAGUAAUAGACUAAUCCCAAUUAGCCACAGUAGAUACCUUGAUGGGAUCAAUUGUAACACAUGAUUUCAGUCUACACUAUAACCAAAGUGUACCUUUCUUCCUCCUUACCAAGACCUUUGGAGAGUUAUAGGAAGUACCAUUCUUCUUGAUAACCUGACUCUGCAGCAAUUGGCAUAUUUGGCUCUAACCAGCAUUAUAAACGGAAAGAUGGAAACAUCUUUCAUAGGUACACAGGUAUAAUUUUUAUAAUCUGAGACAUACUAAUAUCAAUCUUUUAAAGCUCAAAUUUCAUUUCUUCUCAUAAAAGCUCAAAAAUCUGAUAACAGCUGGAGCUAGCUUGGGGACAUGCCAUAGCUGGUUCUGCAUUAAAACCACACCAGCAUCAUUAACACAGAGGGAAAUAUGUCUACCCUUCAUAGAUGCAUAGGUGCAAGUCUUCAAAGAUUGAGAAGACCUACUAAUACAUAUCCUGCAAAGCUUCAAAUUCUUUUGUUCUCUCUCAGAACAAAGGCUCUGAAAUCUGAUUUAAAAAGCACUCAAGCUGGCUUGGGGAAAUGCUAUAGCUGGUACUGCAUUAAAACCACACACUAGCACUACCCCACUACAAGUGGGUAAGCAUGAUACUUGCGGGAGGUGCUGGUGGUAUAAAGAGAGGCACUAGUCAUGUCUAAUUUAACUGCUUAAAUUUAAGCCUUAAUAAGUACCUUUCCAUUUUUAGAGGGUCAGGUCACCAUAAGCAUGUUUAAAUUGCUGAGGGCUUAACCUACAGGGUUCUAGCUGACACUUAUGAGCUGAAUGGGGAAAGGAUUGGCCAUUACUUUAGCAUAACAACCAGGCAGAAACAUAGUUCACUUAACCCUAAUUCUGGCAAUCUUCAAUUUAUUUCCUUACACGUAUUGACAGUUGCCUGAAGAAAUUUAGUAGUAGAGGCCAUAGCUUUACUGUCUAAGCUGGAUAGCUAGCAUAGGACAUGAUGCUGUCAGUAAGGUAGGGUCUAUUAUUUGUGUUUGUAUCAAUAUUUGUUUUGUUCUGCCACCAUUCCCUUGAAAUAUUAGAAGAAAAAAAACUAAAAACAAAAAGAAAAAUAUAUUUAGGUUGCAGUUGACAAUGAUGAUUUACUUAACUUUAAAGUUUUGAGCCCUACUGAGGUCAUAAUGUGCUCUUUAACAAAUUUAAGGCGUAAGAAAAAUAAGGACACUGGUCAUUCUUGGUUCAGAGAUGGAGGAGUCUUUUACUUCAUUAUCACAGUCUCAAAUAGAAGUACUCAUAGAAGUACCUUGGGUUCAGUGAUGUUAGACUGAACCCCUUACAUUCAAAUGACAAACCUUACAUGCUGUUUGAAUAGUGGUCAUAUAUUAAAUUCAAAAAUAUUGAAAUACCCUGUGCAAUAGUAAAAAAAAAACUACGUCUUACAAUGUAUGCUGUGUACAGUCCAGCAAAAGAAGGUUUAUUUAAAGUGAUUGGUGUGGUGGAAACAUGUCAUUAUUUUGAUAACUGUUAUUUGUUUUCAAAUGCCAAACAAAAUAUGAAGCUGUUACUUUUUCUUCUGAUAUUCUUGAACCACAUGUUCUACCCUUUGCCUCCCUUUUGUUGUUGCUAACAGCACUUUUUGUAGGCAAAGGUUAUUAUCUUUGGGACCUUGCCUACUACCACAUGCCUCUGUGGUCAGGGAAUGAGUUUUCUUUAAAUGUUGUCGUUGUUGAAAUGCACGCUCUUGAAAAGAGAACUAUAACUAUAAAAAUACUAUAAAACUUCCUAAAAAAUAUGUUUAAUAAGUGUAAAGUUUGACUGCUGUUUACCGGAAUAUUUGAAGUUGUUACAUUAGUAACCUGUUUACAUGAUGGAUUUUAAUUGCCACGAUGGACUAGCCAAAUAUAUAUAUUGAUCUGGUUACUUAAGUAGCAGAGGGAGUUGUUAUUAGUUUCAGCUGCUUUGGUGUUGAAAUGAAAUUAAAAUGACCUCCAGCAGGCCACUGCUGUGAAUGUCUCUGACCACACAAUCAGAAACAGACUUCAUGGGGAUGGCCUGAGGGCCCAACGUCCUCUAGUGGGCCCUGUGCUCACUGCCCAGCACUGUGGAGCUCAAUUGGUUUUUGCCAUUGAGCAUUAGAAUUGGCAUGUCCACCACUGGCACCCUGUGCUUUUCACAGAUGAGAGCAGGUUCACCCUGAGCAUAUGUGACACAUGUGAAAGGGUCUGAAAAAGCCGUGGAGAAUGUUAUGCUGCCUGUAACAUCGUUCAGCAUGACCGAUUUGGUAUUGGGUCAGUGAUGGUCUGGGGAGGCAUAUCCAUGGAGGGACUCACAGACCUGUACAGGCUAGACAAUGGCACCUUGACUGCCAUUAGGUAUUGGGAUGAAAUCCUUAGAGCCAUUGUCAGACCUUACCAUUAAAUGGCCCCAUGCUCCUCGCCUGGCCUAAAUCCAAAAGGACACUUCUUGGACCAUUAUGUUUUGGUCCAUCUGACGCCACCAGGUUUCACCUCAGACUGUCCAGGAGCUCAGUGAUGCCCUGGUCCAGAUCUGGGAGGAAAUACCCCAGGACACCAUCCGUCGUCUCAUUAGGAGCAUGUUAAUGUUGUCGAUGUUGUCAGACAUGCAUACAAGCACGUGGGGUCCAUACAAACUACUGCGUUCCAUUUUGAGUUGCUGCAAUGAAAUUUCAGCAAAAUGGUCUAGCUUGCUGCAUCAUUUUUUCUCUUUUAUUUUCGGGUUGUCUUUGAACUCAGCCAUCUGUAGGUUGAUAAUUAUUAUUUCCAUCAAACUAUGUGGCAUCCUUUUGUUCCUAACACAUUACCCAGUACAUAUCUGUAUAGAUAUCCAGCAUUAUAUUUUUCCUCAUUGAGAUCUGAUGUGUUUUCAAAGUAUAUAUAUCUGCCAUAUCUUUAUGAGCACUGACAGGUGAAGUGAGUACCACUGAUUAUCAUGGCACCUGUUAGUGGGUGGGAUAUAUUAGACAGCAAGUGAACAUUUUGUCCUUUUUGUCAUUUUGAUCUGAGUGAGUUUGGCGAAGGGCCAAAUUGUGAUGGCUAGAUGACUGGAUCAGUUUUGGAUCUCCAAAACUGCAUCUAUCUAGCAAAAGUGGUCCAAUAAAGGAACAGUGGUGAACCACUGUUCACCACCAUUGCUUACAAGGGGAACACAUAGCAAUCCAGUCGAGCAUCUGUGGGAUGUGCUGAACAAACAAGUUCGAUCCAUGGAGGCCCUGCCUCACAACUUAGAGGACUUAAAGGAUCUGCUGCUAAAGGAUCUUGGUGCCAGCUACCAUAGCACACCUUCAGGGAUCUAGUGUAGUCCAUGUCUAGAUGGGUCAGGGCUGUUUUGGCAGCAAAAGGGGGACCAACACAAUAUUAGGCAGGUGGUAAUAAUGUUAUGGCUGAUCGGUGUACAUAUAUACUUGCAGUCUAACUUGCUCCUCACAUGACUACCACCUUGCUGCUGAAAGGACAGUGGUACUUUAGCACCCUUAUUGAGGAAUGCUGGAGUACAUGGCUGCAAGAUAAGGCAGCAAAAACACUCAAGUCCUCACGGUAAAGACACCUCACCCUCAGUGAGAAGCAGGGAGAGUAUCAUGCAGCACACACAGGGUGGUGAAAUUAUUUGUGUUUCUAAUGAGCUGUUAAAUUUUUCGCUGUGUUUUUAGUACCCACUGAAAGUGACCUUUGGCUCCAAUCCAGCAUCAAUUAUUACACCUGAACACUUUAUAAACUUGCACAAAGUCAGGGAUUUUGUGAGGUAAGAUCCAGGUGUAUGAUCAACCAAUUAAUUAAACUUUCAGUCAACUGCCACAGA